AUGACGGAGAACCCGUUGCCUGAUGUGCAAGCCCUUCUCUUCGAUGUGUUUGGAACGGUGGUCGACUGGCAUGGAUCGGUGACGGCGGAGCUUGGGGAGUUGGGAAAGACUCAUGGAGUUGAUGGAGACUGGUCGUCUUUUGCCCAGACAUGGCGCAAAGGAUACCUUGACACCACGCGACAAGUCGCACAGGGCGGGGUCGGCCCAGCAAGUGUUGACGAGAUGCACCGCCAGAUCCUCGAAACCAUCCUCUCUGAGCCGGAAUGGGACGGCCUUGCUGCGAAACUUGAUGGCAGUGGCCGCGACCAGCUCAACCUCGCGUGGCACCGUCUCCACGGGUGGCCUGAUUCAACCCCCGGUCUCUAUGCGCUCAAGAAGCGGUUCAUCCUUGCGACGCUUUCAAAUGGAAACGUUCGUCUACUCGCAGACAUGGCCAAGUUCGCCGAUCUUCCUUGGGAUGUCGUCUUUUCUGCCGAACUUUUCAGCUCCUUUAAACCGAACCCGAAGGUCUACCUUGGAGCAGCCCACCAUCUGUCAUUGGCACCUCGACAAUGUGCUAUGGUUGCGGCCCAUAUCUACGAUCUUCGAGCGGCAGCGGCACUGGGAAUGCGAACUGUUUAUAUCCGUCGUCCCGGUGAAGAAUCAGCAGAGGUCGGCCAAGUCAAGUCCAAGGCUGAAGGCGGAGAUGUUGAUGUGGUUGUCGACUCAUUCAUGGAGCUCGCCAAAUUAUGUGCUAACAACACAAUCUAA